UUUGGGAGAUGGGGAAAGUGUUCGGUGCAGCACAUCCCAAGCUGCGCGGAUCACGAGCGAGACCCGCUGACCUGCCAGGCUGUGCGAGCCUAAACUCCUUGACAACUCCACCCGCGCUGGUCAGCGUGCCGGUCGAUGAGUGUUCUUCACACACUCCCACUCACGUUUCGUUACUUCGGUGUAGUCACAGUUGAAAAGUUAUACAUUCGAUUAUUUAGGUAACGUUUAUAAACCUUGUGCCUUGAGGAUGGAUAUGGUGAGGUUAGUGCUAAAUGUGCUGCUUGCGAGCGCGGCGGUUCUCUUGGGCUUGACCAGGGCUUCAGAAAUGCAAGUGAUUGACAUGCUGGAGCUGCACGAUGCCAGGCAGAGUGCGUCCGCGGUGGGGAAGAUGUCGGGGGCUCUGGGCUUCGUGUCGGACCUUUACCUGGUGUCAACUCUUCGUCUGCCGCCCAAACUGGGAGGAGUGCUGUUGGGAGUCUACAACAAAGGCGACAACAGGAAGUACCUGGAGGUGGCCCUCAUGGGCAAGGUCAACAAAGUUCUGGUGCGCUACGUACGCAAGGAUGGUAAACUCCACACAGUGAACCUCCAGAACCCCGGCCUCUCUGAUGGACGCACCCAGUCACUCAUCCUCCGUGUGGGUGGGCUCCAACGAAACCACCCCCACAUGGAACUCUAUGUCAACUGCCGAUUGGCUGACUCAGCACAGGUCCUGCCAUCCAUGGUCCAGCUCCCAGCCGAGGCAGAGUCUGUGGAGAUACGCAACGGGCAGAAGGCCUAUGCCAGGCUACAGGGCUCAGUGGACUCUUUGAAACUGGCUUUGGGUGGCUCUAUAGCCAAAGCAGGAAUCCUUACCGACUGUCCAUUUCAUGGAGAUACACAUUUUCCGAAUUCAGUUAGCGCCGAUGUCAAUGCCAUUCUGGGUGACCACACCAAGGCUUUGAUUGGCCAGCUGAUCAUCUUCAACCAGAUUCUUGGCGAACUCCGAGAGGACAUCAGGGAACAGGUAAAGGAGAUGUCUCUGAUUAGGAACACUAUCCUGGAGUGCCAAGUGUGUGGCUUCCACGAGACCCACUCUCGCUGCGAGCCCAACCCCUGCUAUAAGGGCUUGGCCUGUACAGAGACCAGGGAGUACCCAGGGUACCGUUGUGGUGCCUGCCCAGACGGCAUGACGGGGAAUGGCACCCACUGCCAGGACACUGACGAGUGUGCUCUAGCCCGGCCCUGUUUCUCGCCCGAGGGUUGCGUAAACACGGCAAAGGGCUUCACCUGUGAACCAUGUCCCGUCGGCUUCUCCGGACCCCUCCUUAGCGGGCUUGGGGUGGAGUUUGCCAAGAGCCACAAGCAGAAGUGCAGAGAUGUGGAUGAGUGUGCUGUCCUCUACAAGGCCUGUGUGCCGAACUCUGUCUGCAUCAACACAGAGGGCUCGUUCAGGUGUGGUCCGUGUAAGGAGAGCUUCGUAGGCAACCAGACGGUGGGCUGUUUCCUACGGAGGUCCUGCGCCACGCUGGGCUUCAACCCCUGUGACGUCAACGCCCACUGUGUCAUAAAGGGUGCUGCCAGGGUCUCCUGCGAGUGUAAUGUGGGCUGGGCAGGUAAUGGGCAUACAUGUGGCCCAGACACAGACAUUGAUGGCUACCCCGACCAACCUCUCCCCUGCAUAGACAAUGACUAUCACUGCCGAGCCGACAACUGUGUGAACACGCCCAACUCUGGCCAGGAGGACGCAGACGGAGACGGUAUAGGUGACCAGUGUGAUGAGGAUGCGGACGGAGACGCCAUCAAGAACGUGGAGGACAACUGCCCUCUGGUCCCCAACAAAGAUCAACAGAACUCGGACACAGACUCGUAUGGGGACACGUGUGACAACUGCCCCAACGUUCCCAACGGAAGCCAGAAGGACACAGAUGGAAACGGGGCUGGGGAUACCUGUGACAAUGACAUUGAUGGGGAUGGUAUCCCAAACGUGCUGGACAACUGUCCCAAGGUGCCCAACCCUAUGCAGACUGACCGUGAUGGGGAUCGAGUGGGGGACGCUUGUGACAGCUGCCCGGAAGUCAACGACCCCAUGCAGUCUGAUACAGACAACGACCUGGUGGGAGAUGUGUGUGACACCAACCAGGACAUGGAUGGGGACGGCCACCAGGAUUCAAGGGACAACUGUCCAGACGUCCCUAACAGCUCCCAGCUGGACUCAGACAAUGACGGCAUCGGCAACGAAUGCGAUGAUGACGAUGACAACGAUGGCAUUCCAGAUGCGAGACCUCCCGGGCCGGAUAACUGUCGUCUCAUCCCUAACCCCAGCCAGACAGACACUAAUGGAAAUGGCAUUGGUGACAUGUGCGAGAAUGACUUUGACAACGACUCCGUGAUAGACUUGAUUGACGUGUGUCCAGAGAGCUCUGAAGUCACAAUGACCGACUUCAGAAACUAUCAGACGGUCAUCCUGGACCCGGAGGGCGAUGCCCAAAUCGAACCCAAGUGGAUUGUGCUCAAUCGGGGUAUGGAAAUUGUUCAAACCAUGAACAGUGACCCUGGUUUGGCCAUAGGCUACACAGCCUUUAACGGGGUAGACUUUGAAGGGACAUUCCACAUCAACACGGCCACAGACGAUGACUACGUGGGCUUCAUCUUCGGUUACCAGGACUCGUCCAGCUUCUACGUGGUCAUGUGGAAACAGAAGGAGCAGACAUACUGGCAGUCACUGCCUUUUAGGGCCAUGGCCCAGCCAGGCCUGCAACUAAAGGCAGUGAAGUCACGUACGGGUCCAGGCGAGUACCUCCGGAACGCCCUGUGGCACACGGGCGACACCCCGGGCGAGGUCACCCUGCUGUGGAAGGACCCCCGGAAUGUGGGCUGGAGGGACAAGACAUCCUACCGCUGGCACCUCAGCCACCGCCCGCAGAUGGGCUACAUCAAAGUGAGGCUGUAUGAAGGCAUGACAUUGGUGGCAGACUCGGGCGUGCUGGUGGACACCUCAAUGAGGGGCGGGAGGCUGGGCGUCUUCUGCUUCUCCCAGGAGCAAAUCAUCUGGUCCAACCUGGGCUAUCGCUGCAACGAUACUGUACCAGAGGACUAUGAGUUCUACCGCAAGCAGAUCCACAUCAGGGUGUGAUUUUAAGCCUAGCACAGCAUCUGUGCAGCUACAUUACAUCACCUGUGCCUUCGCUGUAUCCUGUGUGUCUGUGUGUGCGCAUAUACAUGCAUACUUUUGUGUGUUUUUAAGGUACAUUUACUUUACAGUGGUACUCUUUCUGUCUUUAACUCCACAGCAACCUUACACCUGACUACAGGUUGGCCAAGUCAAGAGUUAAAGAUUGAUUGACAAAAUAAUUGUUUUUAUUAUUAUUAUAUAAAAUGACAAAAUAAUAGCUUUUAUUAUUAUUAUAUAAAAUGAAGAAUGAAAGCUAUACUGAACAUAAAUGUUAACGCAAAAUGCAACCAUUUGAAAGAUUUUACUUAGUUACAGUUCAUAGAAGGAAAUGAGUAAAUUUAAAUAUAUAAAUUAGGCCCUAAUUUAUGGAUUUCACAUUACUGGGCAAUGAUCGCAGCCAUGGGUGGGCCUGGCCCAACCAAUCAGAAUGAGUUCUUCCCAACAAAAAGGCUUUAUCACAGGACAGAAAUACUCUUCAUCUCCUCAGACGAUCCUGCAGGUGAAGAAACCGGAUGUGGACGUCUUGGGCUGGCAUGGUUACACGUGGUCUGCGGUUGUGAGGCCGGUUGGACGUACUGCCAAAUUCUCUAAAAUGAUGUUGGAGAUGGUUUAUAGUAGAGAAAUUAACAUUACAUUCUCUGGGUAAACUCUGUUGAACAUUUCUGCAGUCAGCAUGCCAAUUGCACACUCCCUCAAAACUUAAGACAUCUGUGGCAUUGUAUUGUAUGACAAAACAGAACAUUUUAGAGUGGCCUUUUAUUGUCCCCAGAACAAGGUGCACCUGUGUAAUGAGCAUGCUGUUUAAUCAGCUUCUUAAUAUGCCACACCUAUCAAGUGGAUUAAGUAUAUUGACAAAGGAGAAAUGCUCACUAAAAGGGAUGUAAACAAAUGUGUGCACAAUUUGAGAGAAAUAAGCUUUUUGUGCAUAUGGAACAUUUCUGGGAUCUUUCUCAUGAAACAUGGGAUCAACACUAUACAUUUACAUUUUUGUUCAGUAUACUUUUAAGAAAUCAAGAUUGUGAAAUCCCAAGGUACAGGACGACACUGAGUGUACAAAACAUUAGGAACACCUUCCUAAUAUUGAAUCAGAAGAGCCUCAACUCGUCGGGGCAUGGACUCUACAAAGUAUCGAAAGGGAUGUGGCCCAUGUUGACUCCAAUGCUUCCCACAGUUGUGUCAAGUUGGCUGGAUGCCCUUUGGGUGGUGGACCUUUCUUGAUACACACGGAAACUGUUGAACGUGGAAAAACCCUGCAGCGUUGCAGAUCUUGAAUUGUUUAUCAUGCCCACUCACCCUUUGAAGCGCUCUAAUGUUUUGUACACUCAGUGUAUAUGUAGAAUGGAAAAUUAAAUGCAGUUUUUUUUAGUAGUGAAUAUAUGUUGGAAAAAUGUAAAAGCCUAAUCUUAGACUUAAACUGAGCAUCAUGAAGGUUUCAGACUCACACUUGUCAUAUUACACACCACUGAAUCCACUGUUAAAUUGUACAAUAUUUCUCAUGAUGAAGGGUUUAACACAAGGCUGAGUUUAUAAUGAAUUCUAUACUUGUUGUUUCUAUGAGGAUCAUCGAAAACAAAGGUGUGUGUGUGUGUUAUUUUUGCCCAAUAAGGAAAUAAUGCUAUACAUAGCUAUUACAGAUAUGGAAGUAAUUCAAGAGAAGUACUGUAUAUCUCACUGACUUUUGUGAAGAAUGAGAUAAGACAGACCUAUGUGGAAGCCUGCGAGAAACACAUUUCACAGUAAUAAACAUCCAAAUCUCCAUCCACCA